GAAAUUGCCAUGGCAUUUUUCAAAGACUGGUAUUAGUUCUACUGACAGGCCUGAAUCGUAAUAUAGCGUUAGGGAACGAAUCGAGUACGAUAGACAGUCUGUCAGAUGGUUGCAUACGGCUCGUCUUAUUUACACAGCUAGUUAGCUAGCAAACGUUAGUCUUCUCCGCAUUUACUUUAUGUGCUAGCUGGCUAUGUACGCUGCCUUAUACAGCCGUUAAUCUGAUCCCCAAACGAAAAUAAUGAGACAGCAACGCUAACGUUACCUUCUUUACUAACGUUAGCUAGCAUACUUGGUAGUCUUAGAUAACUCACAGUACUUGUUCAGUUGGUAACGUUAGUCAGAACUAGGAGCCUACCAUUUACUAGCUAGCGAGAUUAAUUUAAAGAAGACAUUCCAUUAGAUCAGGGCGGUCUCUGUGCUAACCAAGCUAACAGGACGCGAUGGCUAAGUAUAGCUUGCCAGCUAACAUAGUAAACCUGAGAAUGAAUACUCGCAUGCCUUUCGGGUCACUGUCAUGCUACUCCACGCUGUAAGCGACAGGCAGAAGUGUGGCUUGCAUAGUAUCGCGUGUCAUCUCUUAGCUGUCAGCUCCAACUUAAAAUAGACAUUGCCAAAAUUUCUACGCGGGUUAGCCUUAACGUUAGGUAACGAUAGAGAAAUCAUUCGGAUAAAUCAUCUAUGCGAACAGAGCCAACAUUUGUGAAAAUGUUACCUUAAUUUUGAGGUUACUUUUAAGUUUUUCCUGCGCUUCUGGCUACGCAAAGAAUGUGGAUCACUUCAUUAAAACAUGCGGUCUGGAAGAAGCACAAGUCAACCUGGGUCAGAUUCUGAGCCGAGCAUCCAUUUCGGUAGCAACAGAAAUGUCAUUUAUAUUUGACUGGAUCUACAGAGGAUUUAGCAGCGUGCUUCAGUUUUUAGGUUUAUACAGAAAAUCAGGGAAGCUUGUGUUCCUGGGGUUGGAUAAUGCUGGAAAAACAACACUACUGCACAUGCUUAAAGAUGAUAGACUUGGACAACAUGUCCCAACAUUACAUCCAACGUCUGAAGAGUUGACAAUCGCUGGAAUGACAUUCACUACUUUUGACCUUGGUGGUCAUGCGCAAGCAAGAAGGGUUUGGAAGAAUUACCUUCCCGCUAUAAACGGAAUCGUUUUUCUGGUGGACUGUGCAGAUCAUGAACGUCUUGCUGAAUCUAAAGUUGAACUUGAUGCAUUGCUAACAGAUGAGACGAUCUCCACUGUGCCCAUCCUCAUUCUGGGGAAUAAAAUCGACCGACCUGAAGCCGUCAGCGAGGACGGACUGAGAGUCAUGUUUGGCCUGCAUGGACACACCACUGGAAAGGGGAACGUGUCGCUGAAGGAUGUGAAUUUGCGGCCCAUGGAGGUGUUCAUGUGCAGUGUACUGAAGAGGCAGGGCUACGGGGAGGGCUUCCGGUGGCUCUCGCAGUACAUCGACUGACGGCAGCAAAAUAAUAAUAAUAAUAAUAAUAACAAUAAUCACUGGACGCUGUAUGGCAAGAACUCAGACGGCUCCUUUUUUCCUACAGAGCUUGUACUUGAAAGCGAAAAGGACUAACUCCUCAUCGAAAAAGCUGUGAAGUGUAUUUAUCUGGCUUCGAGUGAAGUGAUUGAUUGUCGCGGCCAUAAAUGUUUUGGUUCGAGUUCCGAAAAAUACUCCCUGCAGUUUUCAUAGGUGCCCCAACGUUGGUGUGAUUUAACUUGUUUUAUACCGAAAAAACUUGUGGGGGAAAAAAAAUUUAUAAAUAAGCAGACUGAGAGGCUUCAACAUCAGUGAGCCAUCUGAAAAAAGUGUAACAAUAAAGUAGCCACAGCUAUUUUGAAAAUAAGUGUGUCUUUAAGAUAUAAAACACAUAUAAUAGGUCACACUGUUAACCUUACAUAGCAAUCCCCAAGAUUUAUGUCUGACCAAUUUGCCUUUUUGGAUAUAAAUGUGCCAAUAAACACCAGGUUAUCUGCAGUUUGAAGUCGCUGAAAAAGCAAUCGCAGCACAUUUGGCUAGUGUAAUCUAAGUGUUUUAAUGUCAGUCAUUAACAUUUUUUGCUAAUGCCUGCCGUUUGGUUAAUGAUAUCCAUAGCAAGGAAUGUAGAGGAUUGAUAUUUUACUUUGCAUUGAAGUUCAUAUAUUUUUAUUAAAUUACAAAAAAAACUUGCAUAACAAUGGGACGUGUCAUAUCAGUCGAAGAUUUAACAGUAUUGCAACCUUUAAGAUUUGUUUUGAAAGGACAACAUAAAACAUCAAAGCAAAAUAUAAUCAGAAGCUUUUCUUUCCCUGCACUAGAAUUGCCUGUUACAUAGCUGGUCAAAGAUGCACAUUUGGAUCUUUUUUUCUACAUUUUUUCCAAACCUUCUCCAAUAAUGUGUCAUUUUUGAUUUUGUGGUGCAUUUCAUUACACCAAAGUGUUAAAUGAUGGAUAUAUUGCUUAUCCAAUGACAAGUAAUCAUGCACUGACGUGAAAUAAUUAAAAAUAAUAAAAAAAUAAAAAAGAAAUCACAGCAAUAAAGAGCAAGUAAGGAGAAGAGUGGAGAGUAAUAGUAGAGAAGGUCUCUGGGUAUGCUGACUCAUUUAUGAUAACGCCACAGUAACAGCUGAAAAUAUGGUUUGGGUUUCUCAGUAGGCCAAUGUAGGCAAACGUAACACUCUUGCCCUGUGCUUGUGGGCAGUGUAUGAAAAGCACUGACCCUCAACUUGAAAAGGUCUUCACCUUCUUUUUUAUUACAAUUAGAUUUUGUUUUUGUUUGAAAUACUGUUAAGCUAGUAUUUGUUUCCUCUGUCAGCGAGAAUGAGGUGAAUUUUACACUACUGAUGCUUUGUGGCCAACACUAGUCACUAUUCGCUAUUUAUUUUAUUUAAACUACAGUUGUGUAUUUACAACAUGUUUGCUUUUAGCUGUGAAAUGCAUUUCCAAAAAAUAAUAGAAUGCUAAAGGGAGUAACGAAACAUUUUAUAUUUGUAAGGAUUUGUGGGUAUGGGGUGGAGCAAUAUUGUAUACGUACUGUACAUGAAAUUGUAGAUACUGAAGUCUACACUGUAAACAGCCUGAGUUCUCAGUUAAAUUAUUAAUCCGUGCCAGUCUUAUAAUAAUGCAAGGAGUAUUUUUUGACUAUCCGCUGUGUGCAACAGCUAGGGUAUGAGAAUACUCAUGUAGCGGCAUGGAUUUCAGAAAUCUUUAUUUAAAACAACUAUCAUGCAGCGGUAAAACUGCAUGCAUGUCUGUAGAUAAUGUAAAAUGGACAGACCAGAUAUUUAUUGCAGCUUAUGUAUGGAACUUGAAGGAAUUCAUAUUUAUGAUUACAAAUAUUACAUUUUAAAGGUACUGCUGUGUAUAUUCCAGAACAUCCCACUCUGACACAGAUAUAUAGCUUUGCCCUUUUGUUGCUAUGGCUCAUAUUGAAUGUUUUUGUAUGCAGUUAUUGUGUUACAAUGGUCAUGUUCAGUGUGGGAAUUCUAAAGAGCACAGCCCUUGCGUGUCAGCUUCAUAAAACCACAUUUCUGUCACCUGUGUACAAUGUGUGCUUGUAUCAUAUGAGAGUGUUGUGGGAAAAAUAAAUCUGUACAAACUUUA